CCGUAUGCGAAUGCGUAACCACACGAGAGCUUCCAUCCCAGCCUUACCUAACGCCGCAGCCUUCGAAUAGCCUCCUCAACUGGCCAGCCGCGCGUCUCCGAAAUAAACCGAACAACGCCCUGCUGCUCCAUCCAGGAUCGCCUGUGAGCUGUAGGAGGUCCUAGUGAUGAUGGUGUGCGGUGUACAAUGGCAUCUGAUGCAAGGAGAAGGCUGCCGAAGGCGCUAAGAAGCCCUGGAGCUGGCCCCUUCGUACUACGACAGCUGCUCCACGACGUUCCUCUGUCUGCCGAUGGCGCCAAUGAGGAUAUCAAGAUCAACUGCGUCGACUAUCUAGAUGGCAACCUCUACAUCGGCACCACGGCGUCUGAGCUGCUACAUUUCUUCCGUAUCCCCCCCGACCCGCAUGAUCCGGAGAGCAGCGCCUCCUUUAUUCUAGCCUCCCGCCGGAAUCCCGAAUAUUCAGCCGCCUCCGCUGCCACCAAUGGCCCGCGCCCCGGUGUGCAGCAGAUCCUCCUGUUGCCACGCGUUGGCAAGCUCUGCGUCCUGUGCAACUGGACCGUGACCUUCUACUCCCUACCCGAGCUGAGUGAGGUCUUCAACGGAACUCAAGUUAAGAACUGUAACUGGAUUGGCGGCGUCGACCUGAACGAUGAUGCUGGUGACGCGGAUGAUAGAUCAAGGGGUGUGACUAUACUCCUCUCGCUCAACCGCCGGAUACAGGUAGUCAAAAUAGGGGCCGAGGAUGCUCGCGUUAUUAGAAAAAUCGACUUUGCCGGCAGCACCCUCUCGGUACGCAGAGAUUCAAUAGCAUGUGUAGCCGAUUCCCAAAGCUAUUCCUUGUUGGAUGUUGAGCGUCAGCUGAAGAUUCCCCUCAUGAGCAUCUCAUCUUUGGAUGACUCGCAGCUGGGGGGGACUUUUGGUCAGGCCCAAGACAUUGCUGGCGGGCCAGAUGGUGGGCUGCUAAGAAGUUCAUCUUCUGCCACCGCUCGUUCCCUAUUAGCACCGCACGAUACACAAGGCCAUGGCCGUAGUACGAGCUUGGGUGGCUUCAUCACCGGUAACAUACGCAGAAACGAUAGGAGGCCGACAGAGGCCGAUGACGUUGUCUUCCAAGACGCUGAACCGCCGCCGCCUUCCCGAAGCCCUGCUCCUAGAGCAUCGUCUUCAAGCCGUGCCCAACAGGACUCAGACAAGCCACUCCCUGCCCCUCCAACAGAAUCCGGAGGAGAAGCGGCCGCCCACCCUGAGAGCGCCCAGGUUCCGGCGCGGACAGUGUCACCUCCAAAAACAGGAUCGGCAUUCCUGAGACCUCACAUCCUGUCGCCUGCCUCGGAAGAGUUUCUCCUUGUCACAGGAACAGGCCCUCUUGAUCCAGGCAUUGGCAUGUUUGUGAAUCUAGACGGUGACCCGACCCGACCGACCCUGGAGUUCGAUAGAUAUCCCCGCGAAAUUGUGGUUGAUGGGGGAGCAUCAGACCUCUCUUCAUCGAGACCGUCUCUUGGUACCGAGGAAGAGGGAUAUGUCCUUGCUUCCAUGGUCAGAGAGUUUGAAGAUGGCCUGCACCACGGUCUCGAGAUACAACGAUUUGACGUGAAUGUAGGAGAGGAUGAGCCUGAAAAGUUCUGGCUAGAGGUCGGAAACACGGAGACAAAAGGUUCAAUACCCAACACCCCGAUAGGCAUCCGAUCAUUGAUGCAGAGCGAGGAGACACUGUUCGAAGAGGUGGUAGAUAAGCUUUGCCAAAGACGGUUCUCGCCGUUUCGGGGCAAUCCCGACACGCCGACCAUGUCCCUGAGAAGCAUGGAUUCCCGCACAGCGCUGUCCAUGGAGAGGCAAUCUCAAGAGAAGGAGUUAUUUGAUAGAGAUUUGGAGUCGGAUGAUGAGUCACUUCCUCCAAACUGGGAGGCUACAAGGAACAAGGAGGGCAGGGAAUUCGUACGAAGGCUUGCAAAGACUUCUUCACGUGUGGCUGUGUGGGCAGGAGCCGAUAUUUGGUGGGCUGUUCGGAAUCCUUUACUCUUGCAACUAGAGAUGGCGCUUGAGCUUGCAACCUCUGGAGGCCAAGAUGCCACAGUGGGAAAUACGGACGAGAGGCACCAAAUUCUGGCACUUCUGGACACAAUCAAGGGCCGAGAUGCAAGAACAGAACUCGAGUUUAUGACUCUCGGCUAUAUCCGGCAAAGAGCCAGCAUUAUGCUCCUGUCAACAUUCCUCAGCUCGCCAGAGCCGCGAUUUUCCGACGCAGAAACAAAAGCAAUGGAGGAGAACCUUCUAGGCGGGGAUCUGGACGCCAGAGUUGUCCUUGCACUAAUUCCAGCCCUUCGAAACGAAAUUGUGGUGAAUCGGAAAGGGAUCUGGAUUUACGGCGGAGUGAAGGCUACCGUCGAGGGCUAUAUCUCAAGCGAGGAGAUCCGUCCGAGUAUCCAGACAAUCAACUCCUUGGACCACCACGUCCUCUUGUUCUUGAGGCGUUUCCUCACAGCAUGGAGGAAAAAGAAAGGAUUUGGCAGCAUACCGGACGAGGUCUUCCGGACCGUGGACGCAUCCCUACUACUAGUUCUCCUAGAGCUUGACCAAGACACGCCAAAGGGUCAGGCUGCCAAAACCGGCUCUGUCCGGAAGGAUCUGUACGAUCUAGUCGAUCAUGGAGUCGACUGCUUUGACAGAGCUGUGGACCUUCUUGAGUCGUACGGUCGCCUCUUUGUCCUCAGCCGGCUCUACCAACACCAUAAGAUGGCGGCGGAUGUUCUCGCAACGUGGCGACGUAUCGUCGAAGGCGAGGAAGACAGAGGGGAGGAGCUUGGAGACGGCGAGCAACGGGUCAAAAACUAUCUUCCAAACAUUAGCAACCAGGCGCUAGUGCAGGUAUAUGGCGUGUGGCUCGCCGCUCGCAACCCCAGGCUUGGUGUCCAGGUCUUUGCAGACGAGAAAGGCAAAGCCCCGAAGUUUGAGCCCACUCAAGUUGUGGCGAUACUGAGAGAGGAAGCGCCGGACGCGGUGAGAUAUUACCUCGAAUACUUGGUCUUUGGGAAAGGUAGUACAGCCUACGUCAACGAGCUGAUCAGAUAUUACCUUGACAUUGUCAUUGGCGACUUGCAGUCUUCGCCAGCCUCGCGCGCGACUGUCAUUGCGUCAUAUGAGGGAUAUCGCGCCCUCCGCCCACCGAAACCGACGUAUGUGCGGUUCCUGACAGAUAAUGCCCCGCCCAACGACGAAGCCUGGCAGAGCCGCCUGCGCCUGCUAGAACUUCUCGGUGGGGGCCACGACUAUGAUGCUGCGGCUAUCCGUGAGCGCAUCGACUCGGCUAACCUAGCGUUAUCGGAACAAGACCAAAACUCCGGGGCUGCCCAGCAGCAGCUUCUCGUCCCCGAAGCCAUUAUCCUUGACGGACGAGCCAGACGCCACGAGGAUGCUCUCCGUCUUCUGGUCCACCGGCUGGGCGAUUACGACACGGCCGUUUCUUAUUGCCUGCGAGGGGGCUCGUCCUUGGCGGCGUUGGCACCAGGCCGUCGCGACAGUCUCCCGACGCGGGAGACGCAGGUACGGCUCUUCCGCGUGCUUCUGGCCGAGUUCCUCAUACUAGACGAUGUCAGCGACCGCGUUGAGCAGACAGGUGCGCUGCUCAAGCGUUUUGGUGGCUGGUUCGACGCCCUUGAGGUGCUGUCCCUGAUCCCCGACAGCUGGUCGGUCGACGUGACGGCGGGUUUCCUGAUGGCGGCUCUGCGUAGGCUUGUGCGCGAGAGGCACGAGAGCAUGCUCACCCGGUCCCUGAGCCUCGCCGAGAAUCUGGACGUCAACUAUGAUCGCCUCGUCAAAAUUGACGAGAAAGGGCCCGUGGUAGAUAUAGAGACAUGAUGAGCCCAAAAUUCGCGGCAAGUCUUUUGUGGUCUUUUACAUCUAGACAUGCCAGCUAAAUGAGAUCAUACGAUAUUUUGUAUACUAUUUCAUCCGCUACUAUCGGCAUAUGGCGUCCGAGAAGAGGGCGGUUCUACGUUUUGGAGCUUAUUUCUAGGGCUUAUACUCCGUAUUUUAGAGAUUCAAGAUUCAUAAGAUACCUAGGUACCUACCAUUGUAACGUCUAAUAGGGCGUCUAACAUUGUUGUGAAACUAGAAACCCGUCUUGAUAACAAGCAUCCAGAAAACAAGUCCAGAGGGAGUGCGUUAGUUCGCAUCUUCAUAGUAACAUUUUUCCACCCAGUGAUGGAGAGUCUUCAAGUGGUAUUCGGCUCAUCUUGUCAUCCCCUCUACAGUUUCAAAAC